UCACAACUGUCGAUGCAUUAAUGUUUCUCUGAAUCUGGAAUAAUAAAGUAAAAGUGUAAUAACUAACUAGGACAGUGACUCAGAGGAAACAAGCCAAUUGAACUUACUGUUGAUCGUGGCAACAGAAAGUUAAUACAGAUGGGAAUAUAAGAAUGCGAAAGGAUUAAUAUUACACAACAAGAAGACCUGCAAACUUUGGAGCUACCAGUUGAAAUGUGCCCUACACUUUCCCUUUGCUGAGGUCUGAACAAUCUGGAAACCAAAACCUUCUCUCACUUCAGACCGGUGUGAUCAUCCUCUCUCAACAUGGAUAGUCCUGGAUGGAAAGGCAGAUUACAGGUGGCAUAUGUUCUUAGUAUCAUCUUGAUCAUGCUGCCUUGUCCAGUUACACAAGGGGCUAAAAUAUUGGUUGUACCUGUUGAUGGUAGUCACUGGAUCAAUCUGGAGAUUCUAAUAGAAGAACUGAAACUUCACGGACACGACAUCACAGUGCUUUAUACCUCAUCAACUUGGUAUAUUAAAGAAAGACCAGAUCUGUAUCAAUCCAUCUUAAUUCAAGUACAACAAAGAAUUGGACAAGCUGAAAUUAGUAAAGUGGUUCAAAGUCUGGUGGAAAAAUCAUUGGGAAUCUCACAGAAUGGUUGGACAACAUGGGGCAAAAUUAAGUUGCAAAAUGAAAUGAAUUUGUUUCUUUAUUAUUGCCAUAAAUUGUCUCUAAAGGUAGCUGCAGAAAUUUUUGAAAACAAAACUUUGUUAAAACAACUUGAGAAUGAAAAUUUUGACCUCAUACUUGCAGAUCCUGUUGUUGGUACUGGUCCAAUGCUUGCUUAUUAUUUAAAAGUCCCACUGGUGUAUAAUGUUCGAUGGCAGAUUAGUGGAGAAGCUCAUUUGACUACCGCCCUAUCACCACCUUCCUAUGUCCCAAUCCCUGGCUCACACUUCACAGAUAAAAUGAAUUUUUUCCAAAGAACAGAAAACCUCAUCCAAAAUCUUCAUCAUCUAGUGUUUUCAGAAUUUUUUCUAUACCCUCUUUAUAAUGAAGUCUGUCAUCGAUAUCUGGGACCAGAUAUAGACAUCCAAACACUCCUCCUGAGGGCUGAUGUGUGGCUGAUGAGAGUCGAUUUUGUAUUUGAAUUCCCACGACCCACCAUGCCAAAUUUUGUGUACAUUGGAGGCUUCCAGUGUAAACCAGCCCGACCACUAGCAGCAGAGUUUGAAGAGUUUGUCCAAAGCUCAGGAAAGCACGGACUUAUUGUGAUGUCAUUGGGGUCCAUUGUCAGUUCCUUGCCGAUGCAGAUCACAAUGCGAAUAGCAGAGGCUUUUGCUCAAGUACCUCAGAAGGUUAUUUGGAGAUAUGAUGGAGAAAUCCCUCCCAAUAUAGGAAGUAACACACUACUGGCGAAAUGGAUCCCUCAGAACGACCUGCUAGGCCACCCCAACACACGAGUCUUUAUUUCUCAUGGUGGCAUCAAUGGCAUUUACGAAGCCAUCUACCACGGUGUGCCACUGAUUGGCAUGCCUCUGCUUUUUGACCAGUUUGACAACUUAUUUCGACUUGAAUCCCGAGGUGCAGCAAAAGUGAUGAAUGUUGCGACCAUGCAUUCAACAGAUCUAUUGCAGGCACUUAACGAGCUGAUAAACAGUACAUUUUAUCGGGAUAACAUGAAGAAGCUCUCUGCUCUCCACUGGGACCAACCAGAGUCACCUAUGGAGAGAGCUGUUUUCUGGAUUGAGUAUGUUACCCGACACAAAGGAGCAGGGCAUUUACGCUCAGAAUGCUACCGACUCCCCUGGUACGUUUACUAUUGCGUAGAUGUGAUGAUCUUUCUAUUGUCUGUGUUCCUCUUGGUUACAGUGCUGGUGGUUGUAACAUUGAAGAAACUUUGUAAUAUUGUUCGGAAGAAAAAGCAAAAGAAUGAGUAAGGUUACCCCAUUUUGUGCUGCGAGUUAGUGUUUUAAGUUCUUUCACAUUAGUUGAGAGAUGUUUUUCCCGCACUUAAUCCAUGGAACAUCCUUUUCAGAAAUCAUGAAUUUAACAGUCUAUUUUGAAAAAAAACAGCAGUGAUAGGUCAGUUAAAUAAUAGCCUUUACACACUGAUAUGCACAGAAAAAUUGUAACUACCUGUACCACUUUUUGCAGGAAUGUUACUUAAAAAUUAAGUAGCAUUCUUUCACUUCGCCACAAACUUUGGGAUUCACUAGCGAGGUGACCUUUUCUGUGCUAUUUUCUCAUCUACUGAAUAAUAGCCAAAUAGCUCACCACACACUUUCAAUCCGUCAGUAUGUUUGGUUCCUCUUCAGAAUCCUCAUUAUUGUCAGCAACACACACAAAGUGCUGGAGUAACUCAGCAGGUCAGGCAGCAUCUAUAGAGAACAAUAAACUGCUGACGUUUCGGGUUGAGAUCCUUCAUCAGGACUCCCAUUAUUGUCCGUGAUGGUAUGAAAAGCAGAUGCUUUUGCUCAAGUACCUCAGAAGGUUAUUUGGAAAUAUGAUGGAGAUAUCCCUCCCAAUAUAGGAAAUAAUGCUUAUCUUUUCAUUAGAUAUGCAAUAUGUUCGAAGAUCAGAAGUGAUCCACUUGCUUGUGAUAUCUUCCAAGAUGUGGGACCUGGGGCAGGGGUGUGUGUGUUGUUGGUGGAGUCGGUGUUGUGGGCUCCGUGCUGCCACCUUUUCCUAUCCCCACCCUCCUGUAGAUGCUGACUCUGAAUAAUGUGUUUCAGUUACAUUCAAUGAACUUGCUUCUCAUUCUGCCUGCUACACUUUCUCAUCAGUAAAGUUGGUCAAUAUUGCACAUAUAUCAGAUGACAGCUUAGAUAGAAAGGUCUCAUUUAUAGAAGGGCAGAUGUUGGUGCUGCACUAUGUUGGUGCUGCACUUUGUUGGUGCUAACUUUGCAGCAAUCCCACAAAUUAGUAAAUCACAUUCUUUUUCUCAGUAUGUUUGAAUGUUCCACAGGAGCAUAAGCUACAUGCUCUCUGAUACUGUUGUACGUGCCAUGUAAUACCGCAUCAUGAUGAGCAUUUUUUUUAUUGCAACAAUUACUAGCAGUUCUCUAAAAUUUGGUGAAAGAGGUAGUUAUACAAACUUAGUAUUAGUGGUUACAGUUUUCCUGUAAUCACCAAUAGUAAGAAUCUGAUUCUGAUUCUGAUUUCCCAGCAAUGGUCAGAGUAGGUAAGAAAUUUUAAAUGUGGAGUUACUUUUGUUGUGGAAGAUUAAAAAAAGUGUUUGCAGUUUGAUUUUAAAAUGUUUUGAAUUUUGAUCAUUAAAAGACUAUUACUCUGCAAUCUGUCAAUGAUGUGUAUGGUUUCAGGAACAUUCAUUCUUUCACACGUAAAUCCUAAAAUGGUCUCAGAAGAAUAAGCUGAUCUCAGAUACAUACACAUUCAUACUUAUCACCUUCAGACAUGUAGCCAGCACUGUUAGCAAUAGGAAUGGGUUCAAUCAUUCAGUUAUGUUAUGGACGAUUUGAAUCAUAAACCCAUGUUACCACUUCAGGAAGGUGAAGUGGGGCGAACAUGCGCCAGUCUACAUUAGGGGAUCGGCAGUGCAGAGGGUCAGCAGCUUUAAAUUCCUGGGCGUUAACAUAAUUGGAAGACCUGUCUUAGGCCCAGCACACAGAUGCAAUCACAAGGAAGGCAGCAGCAUCUUUGACUUCUUGGAAGGUUUGGCAUGUCACCAAAUGUUCUAACAAACUUCUACAGAUGUACUGUUGACAGUGUCUUGACUGGUUACAUCAUGGUCUGGUACAGCAAUUCGAAUGUGUAGGAGCACAGGAAGCUGCAAAGUGAAGUGGACUCAGGCCAAUACCUCAUGGGCACAUCCCUCCCACCAUUGGUAGUGUCUACAGGAGUUGCCGCUUCAAGAAGGCAACGUCUAUCAUCUAAGCUCCCCACCAUCUGGGCCAUCUUCUCACAGCUACCGUCAGGCAGGAGGUACAGAAGCCUGAAGUCCCACACCAACAAAUUCCCUUCAACCAUUUGGUUCUUAAAUCAACCUGCACAACCCUAAUCACUAUGUCAGAAAAGCAACACAAUGACAACUUUGACCACUUUGCUCUACAAUGGACUUUGUUUUCUUUUGUUCUAAUUAAGCUCUUUCUUGUAUAAUUCUGUAUAAUCAAUGUUGUUAAUGUAUGAUUUUCUUAUGACUGUUGCAUAUCUGAUGCUUUGUGCCUGUGAUGCUGUUGCAAAUAAGUUUAUCAUUGCACUUGUGUAAACAUGUACACGUUCAUAUCAAUAAAACUGGACUUUACCUUUGACAA